GAUAAAGGUACAGAUUGAUGUUCUUUCUUCUUUUUGAUCGAUUGUCAAGUAUAACAUUAUCUUCCGAAGUUGCUUCCAUUGUUUAUUGGUAGUGAUACGUUUGCCAUCACGAUCAGCACCUUUAGGCAGUGAUCAAAGUGCUUCAUAAAAAGCAAUAAUGUCUUCUCGAUUCGCUUUGGCUAGAGCUGCUGCUCCUCUACGAAACGGUCUUCGUUCAUCUCAAUUCGGAAGAUUAGGUCAACGUUCUUUCCACGUUUCAUCUUCACAAAAUGCUUUAUCUAAAUUCCUCAUGCCUGCCAUGAGUCCUACAAUGACAGAAGGUGGAAUUGCUACAUGGAAAAAGCAACCCGGGGAUACAUUCUCGGCUGGUGAUGUCUUGUUGGAAAUUGAAACAGACAAGGCUACAAUGGAUGUCGAAGCUCAAGAUGAUGGUAUUAUGGCCAAGAUUGUUGUGGAUGCAGGAGCAAAGAAUGUUCCAGUCAAUUCAUUGAUUGCCGUCCUUGGAGAAGAAGGUGAUGAUAUCUCUGGUGCAGACGCUCUUGCCAAAGAAGCUGAAUCAGAGCCAGCACCUGCCAAAGAAGAAGCGCCUGAAAAGAAGGAAAGUGAACAACCAUCAGAACCAAAAGAAGCUUCAUCUUCCUCUUCCGCACCCCAAACAUCCGCUCCUGAACCAUCCACCUCCAGCUCUUCCUCCUCGUCAGACCGUAUUUUCGCUAGUCCCUUGGCACGCCGAUUGGCUCAAGACAAAGGUAUUCCAUUGGCACAAAUUAAGGGAUCUGGACCUAAUGGACGUAUCGUCAAGGCUGAUAUCGAUAACUACAAACCAAGCCAACAACCAGCAGCCGAAGCACAAUCUGCUCCUGCUCCUUCAGCAGGUGGUGCCAAACAAGAACUCGCAACAAGUGCUCCAAAGGCAGUAGAAUCAUCUGCAUCAUACACAGACACACCCGUUUCCAACAUGCGCAAGGUGAUCGCAUCAAGACUAACAGAGAGCAAACAACAAUUGCCUCACUACUACGUCUCUAUUGAUGUUGAAAUGGACAAGGUCUUGCGUUUACGUCAAUUGUUCAACGAGGCUGCGGAACGUUCAGCAGGUGGAGAUGCUGCCAAAGCAAAGGAGGCCAAAUUGAGUGUAGGAGACUUUAUCACCAAGGCUGCAGCAGUUGCCCUCCAACAGGUGCCUGAUGUGAAUGCUGCUUGGUAUGGUGACUUUAUCCGUCAAUACCACACAGCUGAUAUUUCUAUUGCUGUUGCAACACCAACCGGUCUUAUCACACCAAUCGUCAAGAAUGUUGGUGGAAAUGGAUUGGCAACAAUCAGUGCUACAACAAAAUCCUUGGCAGCCCGUGCUCGUCAAGGUAAAUUGCAACCAAACGAAUACCAAGGUGGAUCUUUCACCAUUUCCAACAUGGGAAUGUUUGGAAUCACACACUUCACUGCAAUUAUCAACCCACCUCAAAGUGCCAUUUUGGCCAUCGGUGGAACAGAGCCAAGAUUGGUGAUCGAUGAGAGUGAUGAGAGAGGAUUCCGUAAAGCAAUGAUCAUGCAAGCCACUAUCAGUGCUGAUCAUCGUAUCGUUGAUGGUGCAACUGCAGCUAAAUGGAUGAAAGCAUUCAAAGAUGCACUCGAAAACCCAAUGAUUUUCAUGCUGUAAGAUAAUGAGACUGUGUCCCUCUUUCCACCUCUUUCUUGAUAUGUAACACAAAGCUAAACAACCCCGUAAAAUGAGAAGAAAUGGAAUAUA